AUGGAGCAGAUUCUGGACUUGGACAAGGAUCUUAACAUUGAUAUCUUUGACGAGGUUGUAAUGAAUGCAAACUGCCCAGAUAACAGAAAAAAAGAGGAAGCCGAGAGGGUUCUGCUCAAGUUUAAGGAACUUCCAAACUCAUGGACAAAGGUUGAUUAUAUCUUGAACAAUAGCAAGCUUCAGGAAAGCCAUUAUGUAGCGUUGCAACUGUUAGAAAGCAUGAUAAAGGUAAAGUGGUCUCUAUUUGAUGAGGGAAUGAAGCAAGGGCUCAGAAUGUAUGUAUUUCAGCUUGUCAUUGAAAAAUCCAAAGGUCGAGACAAAGGAAAUUAUGUCCUGCAGGAAUUGAACACCAUUCUUAUUGAAAUUGCAAAGAAGGACUGGCCCCGUCGAUGGCCCAGUUUUAUAACAGAUCUUAUCAGCGUGUCCCAGGGAAUAAGCAUGGAGGUAUGCCGAAACAGUCUGAACAUACUUAAAAGGCUUAAUGAGGAGGUCUUCAUCUUUUCUGAAGACAGCAUUACGACUGUCAGAAAGAGGCUACUAAGGAAUCAGCUUAAAGUUGAGUUUCCGCAGAUAUUUGGCUUCAUAAAAACCAUUCUCGAGUAUUCCCGAAACACAGAAAUGGAUGAAAGUCUUCUAGAAGCAACACUAGAAUCCUUCCAGUGCUUUUGUGGAUCCAUGCCACUUGACUUCAUCUUUCUCACCGAAAUAAUCGAUUUAGUCCUGGAGCAUCUAAAUUCCAUGCACAGUGUUGCAUGCCUCAGUUGCCUGAUUGAGAUUGUUGACCUAGGAAGGAACAGAAGUCUUUCCAGAAGCCAUGAAAUAGAGAAUGCUGAGAAAGAAAAGAUCCUUGUAAUCCACAGGCAAUGUGUUGAGUUUCUUAAGAUGUACUUUAACAAGUUUCAAGAGGAAAGAAUAUACGAGGUGUAUGGAGGAAUGGACAAGUCCGAAAAAGUUUUUAUCCUUAAGCUUGCGCAGCUUCUAUCGUCCCUUUACGAGGUCUAUAUAAGCUUGCUUGAGGCAAGGGACAUUACCAACACAAAGGUUGGGCUGGGAUAUCUUAUACAAAUAUCUAAAAUCAACAACUCAAAUAUUUUCUCUGUUGCAUUUGAGAUGUGGAAUAAGUUUGUGUUUGAUCUGUAUUCUGAAUUUCCAUUCGCCAGCCAGGACUCCACAAAAAGGUUAAGGAGGUCGAACUAUAUCGGAAUUUUGAACCAGCUGAUGGGAACUCUUGUCGACAAGAUGCCAAGGCCUGAGGAAGUAUUUAUUGUGGUCGACGAAUACAACGAAGUAAUAAGAAAAAAGAUGACAGACACGGACCAGAUAGAGUUCUAUAGAAAGAUGAGAGGAUGCCUAUAUCAUUUGGCAUUCCUUAUUGAGGAGGAUAUGAAGAAGUACUUUAUAAGCAAGGUUGGGCUGCAGCUUGACGACAAAGAAUGGGACUGCAACUACCUAAAUAGACUAUGCUGGGCUAUUGGGUCUAUAUCAGGUGCAUUUUCGGAAGUAAAUGAAAGGGAGUUCUUUGUGAACAUUCUUAAGCAUCUGCUGGCAUUAUGCGAAAUGAAGUCAUUUAAAACAGACAAGGCGGUUAUAGCUUCGAACAUUAUGUUCAUAAUCGGGCAAUAUCAUCGAUUUCUCCUUCACAACAAGAGUUUUUUGAAGACUGUUGUUAAAAAGCUCUUUGAGUUUAUGGAUGAGGACCAUGAGGGAAUCAAGGACAUGGCAUGUGAUAACUUCUUUAAGAUAGUGGAGAAGUGCCCCGUGGAGUUUUUAACGCAGAGGGAAAACGACGAGAUCUUCAUUGUCUAUAUACUGAAGAACUUGCCUGGAAUUACAGCGACCUUAGAAUUUUAUCAGAAGAGAAUUGUUUAUGAAGCACUCCUGCUUGUCAUAAAAGAAGUCCCUAAGACAAGGGACUACAAAUCUAGGGUUCUGGGCUAUGCGGAUCUUCUCUUAUCUUCUCUGCUAAACUUCAACAUUCUUGCUGACGAGCACAUAAACCGUCUUCCGAAUAUGAUAUCCAACGUGGAGGAGGCAAAAAUGAUUUCGCAUGUCCUCAAGUCCCAUUCGCUAACCUAUAGAUUGCUUCCUGAAACGUGUCCCUCUAGCUGUAUUCAAAUAUUUCCGAAGUUCUUCAGGAUCUUUGACAUUUGCAACUCUAUAAUACUUGAAGGCAAGGAAGGAACUGCAUUCAACAAUGCCAAGGCAGUGAAGGCAGAGAUUAUCGAACUGUUUACUACGGUGAUCGACUCAAAGUUUGUACAGGAUGAUUUUGUAAAUAUGGUCUGUGAGAAGGUCAUUUUUGACUACAAGAACAAUUCGAUCUACAAGGAGCCUGCAAUUCUUGCUCUGGGUUCAAGUAUAGUGCGCAACGUGGAAAAUGAUGGGUCUGUUAUAUAUCUGCAAAGGGAAGCGUUUAUGAUCUCUGCUUUGAUAGAGCCAUCUAUUCCCUUUUUGAUGCAAGCAGAUGAGAAUCUUGAGAUAUCGAAGAACUAUCUUCUUCUUAUAGAAAGCAUGCUCCUGUUUUCGUUCAAUUCGUUCUUUUCUUCCCUGUUUGGCCAGCCUUCGUUUCGCCAAGUAUACAACACACUCCUCUAUUCCUUAAUAUGCAUAAGAGACGUUUCAGAUUUGUCUCUGAACUGCCUAACUAUAAUCUUCAAGAAGUGCUACGAGCAGAAGAUUUUCCAGUUUUACACCCAGAACUACAUGUCCACUCUAGAAAAUAUUCUUGGAAUAAUAUUUGACAGAGACAUGAGGUACAAUUUUGACCAGCAAUGCCUUCUGCUUGCAUUUAUGAUUCGUAUAAGUAAGGAUAUUCCGAGCCUUGACGGUAUCAACCCCAACUUCAACGUUCUUUCGGAAUACAUAGUUGGGCUAUUUAUGAAAUCGUUUCCAAAUAUAACACAGGAGUCUGUUAAGGUAUUUUCUGUCGGGCUAUUUGAACUGUGCGGAGAUGACGAGGUGUUUAAAGAGCAUGUGGAUGAUUUUAGAGUCAAGGUUUAUGAGUUUGGCACGGAUGAAGAUCUCCAAGAGGAGAUUGACCUUAAGAACGAAAGAAUUAGAAGAUGUAAGAAUUAA